AUGAAAGAUCCGAGAUUACAGGGACCCUACAGAAAGUAUGUCCCCUAUAAUAUCUUUGAACAAUGCGGAUUUGGCCACUUAAGUGUGGUAGAUUGUAUUUUCGCGUCUUUGGUUGUUGUUAUCAACUUCACGUUGAUAUGGAGAUCACACCCUUCUUCGUUCUGGACUCGACCAUGGGAUGCCGAUGGUGAACAGGAGCUAUCCCAAUUAAUGCAAUUUUAUUUAGAUAAAGCCUUCUAUAUCCAUGAAUUACCACCGUUUACCGUUCAAUUUUACUCUAUCAUUCACAAGUUAAAAAUUACAGAUAAUUUGAGAUACAUUUCUUUGUUUUUGAAUUCAUCGACAUUGGCCUUCCUCUUCCUAUUAUUAAGGAGGAUUAAUUGCUCUUAUAUUAUCUCAGCAACAAGUUUACUGAUAUUAUCUAACUGGGGACCUUUCAAGAAUGAAGGCACCAUCAUAUCAUUCGACAGUUUAGAGUGGUGCUUGUUUUCAAUAGUGAUCUACAAUACAAUUAGCAUCUCAAUAUUAAAACUGGGAACUACGAAAUGGUUUGCUCAUUUAAUUACAUUAUCUGUUUCCUUAGGACUAGGAGUGUCUUCUAAAUUCAUUGGUUUUGUCACAUGGGCUUUUGUAAUCCUUUGUUUAAUACGUCAAUUUGAUAGAUUCAUAAGUGACGUUAAAGUUACAACUUCCCAAAUCAUUAGAUUUAUCACUUGGAGUAUCUUUUUUGUGCUAAUUGUCCCUAGCUUCAUCUUUAUGCUAAGUUACAGGGACUUGCUUUCGAACUUCAGAACAGAUACACCACAAUAUUCUAAAUAUAUGAGCACUUUUUUCAAAUCCUAUCUAAGAGGGUCUCAAACACAACCGAGUCACUUAUACUAUGGCUCAACAAUAACACUACGCCAUUUAGAUUCAAUGGCGGGGUAUCUUACUUCUCAUGAUAUUCCUUACCCCUCAGACGUUGAUGAACAGUUGGUGGCUUUAUCAUUCGAGGAGUUUGAAGCUGAUAAUGAAUGGGUAGUUGAACAUCCGACAUUAAAGUUGAAUUUAUCUGAGAUACACCAUAUAAGUCAAUUGAAACCUGUAGAAUUUGGUAAAGAUAUAAAAUUAAGACAUAAAUCUACUGGAAAACUAUUGAGAGCUAGUACUGCCAAACCGCCCAUUAGUGAACAGGACUAUGAUUUUCAAAUCUCAUGCACGAAGGAUUCUGACUACGAAGGAGGCAUGGAUGAAAGAUGGAAUGUUCUAUUAAUAAAAGAUGAGACUAGUGACAAUGAAAAAGAUAGCACAAAUGAUAAGUACGUUAAACCAUUUCGAUCAGAGAUACAAUUUUACAAUAAUGGCCAAAGGUGUGGGCUAUUGGGUCAUGACCUCAGACUACCUGAAUGGGGUCGCUUUGAGCAAGAGGUAUUGUGUAUGGAGCAUCCGGUAAUAUCAAGAACCACAUUUGUAAUAAACUCUGUACAGCUACCAGUUGAUUUCCAAAUCCCAAUGAUAGAAUAUUAUAUGGGCGAAAUUACUUUUGUAUCAGAAGUCAACGGCAAAUUAUCCUGGAAACAGCUACUCCAUCUUGUCGAAGAAUAUAUCUCCAAACAAUACAAGUACGUUUACUAUAUUAAAUACGGUAAAGGUAAGGUAAGUUUUGAAGAUGUGUUCGCUGUGGAGAAAUGGCCCAUCACAUUGGAUGCGGAAUCCCCAACUUGGUUUAGUCUAGCUUGGUAUGGUUCUAUAUUGUCAAUGUUCAUUUUCUUGUGCGUGCAAUGUAAGAGAACGAUAUGCUGGAAUCCAUGGUCAACUGCUGAACCGAAAUUUUCUAUCAAUUGGGAUAUUUACAAUGAAUUCGGUUGGAAGUGUAUUAUCGGUUGGUUCUUACAUUUUUACAUCUUCACCAUGAGUCCACAUUUUAACCUGGGAAAGAAACUCUAUUUCCAGAGUUUCUUCUUUAGUGUAUUGUGUUUUCUAGAAUCGUUAAAUUUUUUAACGAAACAAAUCAUAGAACGGAUUUUUCCAUUGUGA